AUGGCCUUGUGUGGUGGGACGACGGCUCCCUCUCAGCCUACCGAGGAUGAUUUGAGGAUUUUAAUGCCUGUUAUUGAGAAAUACUUGGAAGAGAAAUGCGGUCAAAAGCCUUUUGAUGUAAAGAUUACUGACGUAAGCCGUCAAAUUGUCGCUGGUGUUAAUUAUUUUGCGAAGGUUGAACAUGAUGGUAACGUGUGGCACAUUCGCGUUCACCAACAACUGCCGUGUAAUGGGGGAUUGGUCUCAGUUCACAGCCAUAAAGUAGCUCAGCCAAAUGAUUUACUGACUUACUUCUAA